GAGCGCGCGCGCGCGUGCGGGAGGGGGCGGGUGGGGAAGCCGUGGCAGCAAAGCUCCCGGAGGCGAGGCUCGCGCGCCCGCCCCCGCCCUGGCCCCAGCGCCCACCCGUGGUCGGCCCGGCCCAGCCAUGAUCAAGGCCAUCCUCAUCUUCAACAACCACGGGAAGCCGCGGCUCUCCAAGUUCUACCAGCCCUAUAGUGAAGACACACAACAGCAAAUCAUCAGGGAGACUUUCCAUUUGGUGUCUAAGCGAGACGAGAAUGUUUGUAAUUUCCUAGAAGGAGGACUAUUAAUUGGAGGAUCUGACAACAAACUGAUUUAUAGACAUUAUGCAACACUAUAUUUUGUCUUCUGUGUGGAUUCCUCAGAAAGUGAACUUGGCAUUUUAGAUCUAAUUCAAGUAUUUGUGGAAACAUUAGAUAAGUGUUUUGAAAAUGUCUGUGAACUGGAUUUAAUAUUCCAUGUAGACAAGGUUCACAAUAUUCUUGCAGAAAUGGUGAUGGGGGGAAUGGUGUUAGAGACCAACAUGAAUGAGAUUGUCACACAGAUUGAUGCACAAAAUAAACUGGAGAAAUCCGAGAGUCUCACUAUGGUUCCCUGGCUGGCUUGGUCAUUACAGAGAUUCACCCAUCUCUGUCUGUUGGAAUUGGGAUCUCAAGGCAUGUUUACCAUGUCCAGCCUCUAAGGAUACUCUUAACAUUUUAUCAUUCAGAUUGGAAAAAAACAAAAAGAAUUAUUAGUGGAAGUUCAGACACUUGGUCAGUUUCAAGUUAAUAUUGCCAUAAAAGGAGUGGGGUUACUAUUAUUAAGUUUACAACAGGUGAGUCCUGAAAAUAUCUUACUGAUAUUUGAAAUUUAGUUUGAUACAAUACUCACAUUAAUUGAAGGAAAUACAAGAUAUGAAUGAGAAACGGAUGAAGCUCUUUAUGAAGAUAGUGUCCUGUCUUUUACAGUAAAGGUAGUCCUCCAUUUCUCCUUAUCUCAAUUUGCCAUCCCUGAUGGUUUCCCAAAGGAGAGGCUUGUGGUGGUGAUGCAGAGCGUAAGUCAGAACUCGUAAAGUAACUGGAUCGUGUUCUACCACCUGUCUUUACAUUUCUGAGUUCUGAAAGCAGAAAACAUGCAGUAAAUAUUGAGACAGUUUUGUUUUAGGUGAAGGAAAAACACUGUUAUUCAGUAUAUUUAUUUGUAACGUUAUUUAGUAUAGUAAAAGAAAAACUAUUAACUUGACUGGGUUAUUUAAAGUUUUAAAAUGUUGACUUCAAAUGUAUACAAAUUGUUCACAAUUGCUUCACAAAACUACAUAAGUAGUUUUUAACUAGGGUUUAAAUGCCAAGGCCGUAGUAACAUAAUGCAUCAGUAGUUGGUCUAAAAUGGAGGAUUAAUUUCUAAACUCUGCAAUAAUCUGUAAACAUACACUGGUCACAUGACUGUUUUUUCCCUCCCACAUUUUAGGGACCCAUGUCCUGUUAGUGGUGGUCCCUCCUUUUCUUUUUAUGUUUUCUGCUUGCUUCUGUUCUACAUAGUGUUUUUGUAUAGUAUUUGCAAAUAUCAUGACUAAGAAGUA